AUGCAAUGUGUUUCUGACCAAGAUUGGAAUACUGUAAAUUUCUAUUAUUACACCGAGCCCGGAAGGUCGUCAACAGAAUCUGUGUCACAGUCGACAAACCAACCGAAAGAUUUGCUUCCAGCUAUUGAUCGUAUUUGUUAUUCCACCGAUUUAAUUGAUGAGAUGAAGACAACGGUCUCUGGCAAACAACAGUUUUUAAAAUCGCAAGUAUUAGAAGCGAACAUUGUCGAACAGGAAUCACCUGGUGAUAAGUCUUGCCCGAAUCAGUUGCCAAUAGAUAAGCAGGAAAAAGGAUCUGAAAUUGAUGAUGACGAGGUAUUUGAAACAACUUCAGGAAAACGCUUUGGCUCUGAAAAUGACAUUAGUCGGGCGAAGAUACAGACCACUGUCAAUGCGAUUACGGCAUUGACAAAAAGUGAAAUUAAGGUGAACGAUGAUGUUAAAUUUAUGACCGAAGGCGCUGAAAAAUUGUUGAAUGCUGAAAUGAACAUGAAGGAAGCUCUACAGAUGUCAAAAUAUAACACAAGUCCAACCAAAGGUACUGCCCAUCGAAGACAGAGUGGCAUAUUUAAUUUUUUGGUACCACGAAGGCAGUCAUUAUGUGUCAGUAAUCCGACACUGAUAUCAUCGACGGUUACCUCAAUUCCGCUUCAAGAUUUACCUGAAAAUAGCCCCUUAGAAAAUCUAAGUCCAUGUGUAAGCUAA